AAAGUGAAAGAAACAUGGCUUUUCAGUGUCAGAGGGAUAGCUAUAUGCAAGAGUUUGUCACUUCGGUGGUGUCCUGUUCGCCCGCGGAAUUAAAAUUAGAAAACAACGGGAAAAAGGAGAAAGUGAAUGGUUUCAGUGUGAAACUUAAAGACACUAUUCUGUUCCCAGAGGGAGGAGGACAGCCAGAUGACAGAGGAACCAUUGGAGGGGUUCCUGUUCUCCGAGUGACAAGGCAGGGACCAGAGGCAAUACAUUUUGUGAGCUCAGCUCUUGAAGAAGGACAAGAAGUUCAGUUAAAAGUGGACUGGGAGCGGAGGUUCGACCACAUGCAGCAGCACUCUGGACAGCAUCUGAUCACUGCUCUUGCAGAUUCAAUGUUUGGGUACAAGACCACUUCAUGGGAGUUGGGACGCCAGCGAUGCAGCAUUGAGCUGGACACAGCCACUGUGAAACCUGGGGAGAUGGAAGCCCUGGAGGCUGCUGUGAAUGAGAAGAUCCGUGCUCACGUUCCAGUCACGGUUCAGCUCCUUUCUCUAGAUGAUCCUACUGUGGAAAAGGUCCGGAGUCGAGGUCUCCCAGAUGACCACGCAGGACCUGUUAGGAUUAUUGACAUUGAGGGUGUAGAUGCCAACAUGUGCUGUGGAACUCAUGUGUCCAAUCUCAGCCAUCUGCAGGUCAUUAAGAUUCUUGGAACGGAAAAGGGAAAGAAGAACAAAACUAACCUGAUUUUCUUAGCUGGCAACAGAGUGCUGAAAUAUGCGGAGAGAAGCUACAACACAGAGAAGGCACUAGUGUCCCUCUUAAAAACUGGAGCGGAGGAGCAUGUAGACGCAGUAGACAAACUACAGAAGACAGUUAAGCGGCUUCAGAAGACUAACCUCACACUUCUACGGGACAUGGCCGUUCUAAUUGCGCAGAAGUUCAAGAACGACCCAGAAAAAGGAAACUUUUUCAGUUUACACAACAAAGAUGGCGACAAUGAGUUCAUGAACAUUAUUGCAAAUGAAAUUGGAUUUCAGGACACGGUCAUUUUCUUGACGGUAGGAGAGGAGAAGGGACCUGGCCUCUUUCUGCUUGCGGGGCCUGAUAAGUUUGUGGCUGAGCUUGGACCAAGGGUUUCAGAGCUGCUUCAGGGGAAGGGUGCUGGAAAGAACGGCCGUUUCCAGGGCAAGGCUAACAACCUGACCAAGAGAGGAGAAGUAGAGACCCUUCUGCAGGAACACAACCGCAAACGCAGCGCAGGAGAAGAGUAGAGCAGCAGUGGGAAAUAGUUUGGUCCUGUGUGACCAUAUCUCCAGUCAGCAAGUCAUGUUAGUGUACACAGACAAAGGACUCAUGUAGCAAAUGUCUAACUUUGUGUAAGCUGAACAACAGUUAACUUAAAUACAUGUAACAUCCAUGUUCCCUAGAAAGAACUACUUCAUACGACUUCAGAAUAUUAUUUAAAAAAUAAAUGUUAAUGUAAGAUACAAAAAGCUUGAUCGAAGGCUUUUGUAGUACUGAUAUUUUUCUUCAUGGAACCUGAAGCGCACAAUUUUAGUGGUAUUUACACAUUCAAAACAUAUUUACAUCCUUUUGAUAUUGUUGAAACACAGACCAAUAUUAAAUAAAAACAUAUAACUGA